CCAGGCAUAUAGUUAGGUAAUUACAAGAAAUGGCAAAUUUGCUCAUUAUUGUUCAAAGCUUAGACAUGGGGGCCGAUUGGUUUCAUGAAAUGACAGUAAACCAGUGAAAACAAAACACUGUCAAACAUUGAAUCUCACAAUGAUUUUUUCUGUUUCUUAAAAAUUCCCACCACAAUGAUAGACUCUAGUAAUAAUGAUUCAUUGUUUAAGCUCAAUUACUGUAAGUGCUUGCUUGGCAAAUAAUUAUCCCAAAAAGAGAUCUUUUACUGUAAAGUAUAUUGCAGGGAUUUUUUUUAAAAACAGAGAAACGGUCCAUCUAUACAACUCAAAUGGUUGGUUUCCUGAGAAUGCUUUCUAGUUUGUGAUUAAUUUAGACCGAUUAGAGAAAGAUAAGCCAGAAGUCUACUAAUCUGUUUAGCUAUUUCUUUUUUUAUUAAACUUGCCCAUUUAAGUUAGCCAGUAAUUGAGAAGUUGUAUUUUUAACUGAACGUGGUGCAAAACCUUGUUCAAAUAUACCCAUGUGCUACAUGCUUGUUUUUACUCACAUGUUAUGGUGAUGCAUGUGACACUUUCCACCCACCAGCAUACGUGUUGUUGGCCUACAAAGCUAAAGGGGGUGUUGUAGUGGGAGUCCAUGAUGCUGCUUCCUGUCUCCAUUGCACAUCAGAAUUUCCCUUUCUGCCCACCCACUUGAGUUUUGUAGAGUGCAAUGGGUCGCUCUAAGUUAGUCUCUCUGAGUCGUGUGUUGGUGUCAUGCUGCUCUUGUGUCAACACAACCACUUUCGCUGUUUCUGAGACUGGAUGCUUUUAAGAGGUCAACUGACUGACAGGAGUAUUUUGUAGACAUCACACCAUAACGCACUGAUGAAGGUGUUGAGUGGCCACGUUGUGACAAAAUCGCAGUCUGAGGACAGCAUGGACCUGCUCAUCAUGCCACCCUCUGAUGUUCAUAAUAGUAUGGGACUCCCCCUACUUAAGCAAACAUGUGAGAGCAAGUUGACAAACUCCUCCCACACUGACAAUAUCAACCGAAAGCGCUGGAGAAAACUUUUACAGCGGGUACACAGAAAACAGAUGGAUACUGCUUGUGAUACUCAGCUUCAAAGAAAGACACUUUUUGGACAAGCAUUGUCAGAUGUUUGUGAGACAAAUGGCAAUCCCCCAAAACCCAUCAUGGAGAUUCUCUUAGUGCUGUACAGAAAGGGCCAUUACACAGAAGGAGUCUUUAGGAAAGCUGGUAAUGCCAAGGCUCUGAAAGAGAUCAAGGAGCAACUGAACAAUGGGGUGGAAGUGGAUCUGAAAAAUAAGCCUGUGAUCUUACUAGCUGAUCUUCUCAAGGAUUUUUUGAGGCACCUCCCUGGCAGUUUGCUAAUGGUGGAUCAGUACCAGGCCUGGAUGGCAGCAAUGCAAAAGGAGGGUUUAAAUGAAAAGUGCACAGAGCUCCAAUUUGUGAUUAAUACCAUUCCUGAGCCAAAUGUUAUCCUUCUGAAACACCUGAUUGUUGUGCUGUACCACAUAAGCACCAACAGUGACAGAAACAAGAUGGAUUCCAGCAAUUUGUCUGUUUGUAUUUCACCCAACUUACUCCAAACUGACAUUGAAGUGCUAAGAAAUGUCACAGAACUGACCAAGUUCCUCAUUGAUAACUGUUGUGAGAUAUUCGGAGAGGAUGUGCUGACAAUUCUUGGGGAUCCAGAUGAGGAUGAACUCAGUGAUAAGCAUGAUUCACUGUCCUCCCUCCAUCAUGAUUCUGCCUAUGACAGCAAUGACCCUGACGCAGAUGGUAUAAAGGGAGCUACACAGAAAUGCACGCCUUCCAUUCUGAUACUGAAGAGAAAACUCUGGACUGCUUACAAUUGUCCUCCUCCUGACGCUGUGAAACAAACUAGCAAACCUUUUAUUCGCCGGUGCUCUGAGCCAACAAUUGUCUUCAACAAAAGUGUUCGAAACCAACCUGCCCUAACCAGGAGUCACACAGAUGUGGACUUUUAUGGACAUAAUAUGACAAAACAGAACUCGGAUGAAUAUGUUUCAUUUGAGGCGGGCAACAGGUUGUUAUCUGUGCAUAAGAACAUUUAUAUUUCAUCUCUAGGUGAUCAUCUCCAGCAUUCCUCAAAAGACUGCUCAUGCUACUCCUCUAGUUCUCUGGAAAGCACAUUCUCAACUGCCUCAGAGAGCUCCAUCCAAACUAGUACACCUAUUAUUUCAACCUCCAGUAAGAGACUGGCUGUUGAACGUAAACUGUCUUUCCCCAGCCGGUCUAAGAAAAAUGGGACUGCGCUUGGCGAAGCCACCAAGAAACGCUCUCAAUCAAUGAAAGCCCCAAAGUCUCGGACUGAGAUCAGCUUUUCUCGAGGCGGCAUGAACAAACGAGCUCAGAAAGCCUUGCGCCACAGUCAGACUCUUCCUGAAUUGCUGCCUCUCAACAGGACUUUUCUUGUGUCACAAAAGCAGAGACGUGUGUCUAGUGAGGAAGUGUUCCAGCAAGUGGACAGCAGGAUUUUGAGUAAUCCUCCAUCCUAUGAGCAGGCAAUUCAAGACAAUGCUCAUGUUGCGCUUUCACUCUGGCACCCAUUGACUGUUGACGCUGCCAGGUGCCUGUCAAUGCACACAUGCAGUCAGUCUACAUUCCCAACUGCAGAAACAUCAAAUUCCUGUUCAGUGAAACAUAGAAGUUGUUCGGGUGGAGAGAGCAGUGAUGUAUCUACCCACCCAGAGUCAGGACAGGGGUCUGUAUCAGAGACGAAAUCUACCCAUCCAGAGUCAGGACAGGGGUCUGUAUCAGAGACAAAAUCUGAAGAAUCUAGCAACGGCCCAUUGCACUGCUGUAGUCAACAGCUUUUGGAUCAUUUGGAUGUCAGAGAAUCUUAUGUGUGACGUGUUUUGUUGUGUUACACCUGUAAACCUGUGGGAUAUUUUUUUUUCUACUGAUGUAUUUUGAAGCAAAAUAACAUUAUCUGUAAAAAUUCCAAAAGCUUCUAAGAAGUCUUUGAUUGUAUAUACGGUUUCUGUAUCGAAUUCAGCUUUGAUGAGCUCAUGUGAUUUGUGAAUUGUAUUGCAUCUGCACUUUAUUUUGCUGCAUUGUCCACAUCCAGUCAAGUCUAGACUCGGGACUCAAUUGCAACGGUGAUUUUUAAAGUGGCAGCAAAUGGCACUUGAAUGUAUGUCAUCAUUGUGGAUCAUCCCUAAGUAAGCAAUGAAGGGAAAAGCGCAUACCACAGGGUGACCUGCGAUACUGACACACCCAACAUGUAUGAAGUAGUCAUUAAGGGUGGAUUUCCGGACACAUUUCCAAGAUACACACCUAUAGUAGGAAAGAAAAAACGGUUGUUCAUGUAAAAUGAAUGUUAAUAGCACUUUUGUGAAAAAUUGUGUACAAAAUAAACCAAAAGCAGACUGGAA